AUGCAAUGUAUAUGCAUCUAUCUAUCAAGUCUGAAAAAAGAUAAAAGACAACUCAGUGGCACCAAUGAUAUUGAUAUUCAGGGUGGUUCAUCUGUGGCCUGGAGUAAAGCCAUCAGUUCCAUAGGUACAGUAUUAAGACCUUCCUCAUCAGAAGAUGACAUUAAAACAGGAAAAUGCCCAGCCAAAUAUGAGCUUGAAAGGAAGACCAAACUAAUGGAAGCCCAAUUCUAUGAGGAAAAACUUCAGCUUCAACAGAAACAUGACAAGGCUGUUCAAAAGAUCUUGGAUCGCAAAAAUGCCGAAAUAGAAGAACUGAAAACACAUUUCAACGGCAAAAGGAAAAAUCUCGAAGAUAUGGCUUCCAAAUUAGAUAGCGAAGUGAAAUCUCUUAACAUGGAACUGUACAAAACAAAGGAAAGCAAAGACAAGCAGAUCUCAGAACUGAAAAAGCAACUGGAAGAUACAUACCAAGUGAAAAAGUCUGAAUUUGAAAAGAAACUGCAUAGUGUUAUCAGCGAACUGGAGCAGGAGAAAGUCGACCUGCAGAGACAACAUUCACAGAACAUUCAAAAGAUGCUUGAUGAGACAAAUAUCCGUCUUGAAAAGAUGGAACUUGCAUACAAACAGCAAAAUGACGUCAAUGCCAGCGUGAUCAAAGAUCUAGAAUUUCGAGUGCAAGAAUUGACUAUUGAAGCCGACCAAAUCACAAAAGCCAGGAACUCUUUGGAAGCAGAGAAGAAAGAAUUGAUGUUUAAUAUUGACAACUUAACUGAUGAACUUGAUGCCCUGAAGCAAAGGGCUUAUGAUCUAGAAGAGGAACACAAGAAAGCAAAGGUUAAUCAUAGCCAACAACAAAAGGAGCUUCAAUGUAAAUAUGAAACUGAGACUAGCAUUGCUAAGCAGGAACAUGAACUCACUUUGGCUAAGAUGUCUGACACUGUGUCCGAUCAGGAACAAUGCAUUAAACAACUGAUGCAAGACAUCCAGGAUGCGGAGAAUGAACGGCAGAGACAAAUCAAGGAACUGGAGUACAAAUAUGAAAAAGACAAAGUGGACCUGGAAGCUCUUCAUGAAAAACAGAUACAAGCACUGGAGAAAGAACUUUCAGAAAGUCAGGUCAAAUACCUGAAAUCCUUGCAGAGGCUUGAGGCUGUCAUCAGAGAUAAAGACAAUGAAAUCAAAGAGCUGAUCAAUAAAAGCAGUGAACAAUGUAAACGUGCCGAAAAAGCCAUGGAACAAUUUAAAUCUGAAGUAGAGAAAGGGCAGGCUAAAAUAUACAAUGACAUGAGAUCCCAGACAGAAUCUGCUGAGAAAGAAAUGCGUCAUGCAAAGCAGCAACAUGAAAAGCAGAUAAAGGAAUUCAACAAGAAACUGGAGGAAGUGAAGAGGAAAUAUGAAAAGGAGCUACAUGAGGCAAAGAUGGGAUCCGAUGAAGAACGUUCGCAGUUGCUGAGGGAACAACACAUUCAACAUGACAUGACAAUCCGAGAACAGCAGCGGGAGAAAGAAAACUUGAAAUUGGCCUGGCAAAUGAAAGUGCAACAUGUUGAAAAUCAUGUCAAAGAGGUGAAGGAAACUAGCGCAAAGCGUGUUGGUGAACUUGAGCAAGAAGUUAAAAAAUCUCAGGAGAAUGCCAUUCAAAUUGAACAGAAGUACAAGCAGCAGAUUAUUGAACUGGGUUUGAAACGGGAUGAAGAGAAACAGAAACUGACUCGGGAACAUGAAAAUCAGGUUGGAAAACUUCAGUCUCAACUGGAACAACACCGGUUAAACCUGCAAAAAUGUCACAGUGAAGAAAUGAACAAAGUCCUAGAAAAGACUUCAAUGGAACUAAAGAAUUUGGAAACUGAAUAUUCAGAGAGAAAUAAAAAGGCAAAUGAGACCAUUUCUGAUUUACAAAGCACCAUUUACCAACUGAGAGAAGAUAUGAAAAAGCAACGGGAGACACUCGAGCAAAAAUUAACUGCACAUCACAGCAACCACGAACAAGAAGUGAAACUGAUCCGAAGACAGAACACCAGUGCUCUCCUGGCUUUACAACAAGAGUAUGACAAUGAACACAGAAAAGUGCGGACACUAGGAAGACAACUGGAAGAAGAAACAGCCAAUUAUGAGGAGAAGAUGACCCAAAUCCGCCUUCAGUAUGAAGAUAAAAUAAAAGGCCUGAUGCCAUCAUCUGUACAUCAGGAACUCGAAGACACAAUCACUUCCUUGAAGAUGCAAGUGACAGCCCUUCAACAAAGAGUGAAUCUACUUCAACAAGACGACAUUGGUGAAUUAAAUUCAUACCCCAAGUCCAGUUUUCUCUCUUUGCAUGCUUACCCAGAUUCCAACUACAAAGCAGCGCCAAUGCCCUAA